AUAGCUUGGCUUGCUAUAGCUCUCGACCAAUCGAGCUCUCGUAGAUAGAUUAGAUUAGCUAGAGAUUGGGCCAUGGAUCGAUCGGAGCAGCUAGCUAUGGCUAUAGCCGUAGUACUAUAGCUUGCUGCUGCUUGCUGUUGCUUGCUUCGCUACACUUCUCUCUCUGCCAUUCCCGCGCAUAUAAUUAUUCCCUCGCCAAGCUAUAUAUAUUUGCCUCCCUGCCUUCCCAAAGCUCACACAAAGCUCAAACCUAUACAGAUAUGUGCUACUACUGCCUAGCGAUAUUUCUCUCCUCUUCUCCAUCUUUUUCUGUGCAUCCAUCUGCAGCUUGCUUAAUUCCUACUAGCUAAUUAAGCUAGCUAGCUGCGUCGCCAUGUACACAUAGAUAGAUAGCCAUACUUCUCGAUACAAACACUGAUCGACACACACAUAUAUACAGCUAGCCAUAGAUAUAUCUGCAUAUCUAGAUUGCAGAGAGGUUAAUUGAGAUUAAUCAGGUGACUGAAGAAGAAGAGAGCGGGCAAGCGCAGCGAGUGGACUGAUCGAUCGAUCGCCGGCGGGAGGAGAUGGGGCUGAGAGACAUCGAGCUGACGCUGCCGCCGGGGUUCCGCUUCUACCCGAGCGACGAGGAGCUGGUGUGCCACUACCUGCACAACAAGGUGGUGAACCAGCAUCGCUUCGCCGGAGUCGGAGGAGGAGCCGGCGGCACCAUGGUCGAGGUGGACCUCCACACCCACGAGCCAUGGGAGCUACCAGACGUGGCGAAGCUGAGCACGAACGAGUGGUACUUCUUCAGCUUCCGCGACCGCAAGUACGCGACGGGGCUCCGCACGAACCGCGCCACCAAGUCCGGCUACUGGAAGGCCACCGGCAAGGACCGCGUCAUCCACAACCCCAAGCUUCACGCCGCCGCCGGCCGCCGCGCCUCCAUCGUCGGCAUGCGCAAGACGCUCGUCUUCUACCGCGGCCGCGCCCCCAACGGCGUCAAGACCAACUGGGUCAUGCACGAGUUUCGCAUGGAGAACCCUCACACCCCUCCCAAAGAGGAUUGGGUGCUUUGCAGAGUGUUCUACAAGAAGAAGGCCGACACGGAGACGGAGUACAGCAUGGAGAGCGAGCAGGACGCGGUGAUCGCCAUGACACGGAGCGCCGCGGCCAUGAAGGGCGGUAGUGGAUGCUACUCCAACUCGUCGUCGCCUCAUGACGCGGGACACCACCACCACUCGCCGCCGUUCCCGCCGUCGCUCGCCUGCAGCAGCGGCGGCGGCGGCGGCCACCAUUACCAGCCUCCACCGCCUCCCGUGAUCGGCGGCUCGCUCAACGAAUUCCCCAUCACCACUACCAGCAUGGCGCUGUACAGCAGCAUCUUCGACUUCAGCCAGCAUCUCGACGGCACUGGCGUGGCGGACUCGGCGUCGGCGUCGGCGGCGGGAUCGAGGGUCGACGGCGGCGGCGAGCCGUGCGGUCUGAUGGACCUAGGGCUCGAGGAGCACUACAAUUACAACAGCCUGAUGCCGAUGUGAUCUUCCAUCCACCAUAGGUGUCGGUGCUGCUAGUGCUAGCUAGCUAUACACACUCCAGCUGCUGCUGCUGCUAGCUGCAUGCUCCUGAAUCAGCUCAAGCAGCUAGCGUUUAAUAACUUCUUUGUUCACCUUGAUUGUUCGAUCUGAUUUGUUCGUGCGAUUGAGCUUGUGCAGAUUUCUGAUUUUCUGUUGUAUAGGGUUAGUGGUACGUAGCGCUGUUGCAUUGUUUGGAGGUGAUUAAAUUAUACUAGCCUUUAAUUUGAUUGAGAGGUGCAGUGGUAGUAGUCAUGCAUGUACAUAUAAUGUAUGGGUCGAUUUCUGUUGAGAUUGGUGGAUAUAUUAAUGGAGUACUUAAUUUGGAA